AUUGCUGCAUUCUGAAAAAUGGUGACAUAUUUGAGAUUCAAAAUAUAGCUUCCUGUCGUGAAACCCAAGAAUUGAUGAUAAUAGGCCGACAGCUUAUUUCUAAGGAAGAUUUUUUCAAGAUUCCAUGCUCAUCAUCAUUGCUGGAUAUAUAUAAAGUUCAAUAUACACGCAGCGAGACAUUAUCUAUACGACCACUCAGUGAUGUUGUCAACAAAUAUGUAAAACUCCCACACAAAUCAGGAUUUGUCGUUUUCCCAUUUUUACAUACUGAUAAUUAAAUUUUAAAUACUGACUUAUAAGCCAGUGCUGGGAUUUACUUGCACAUUUUGGCCAGAUCUUGUGAUUUACACCUAUUUGCUUCUUACUCGUCGCUCGCACGAUAUUGAGUCGGCGAUAAGAAGACGUCUUCUUACAUACGGACGUUCAUGAAACGAAGUGUCACGUUUCUUACCCAGAUAGCCACAAUGAGAAUUGUAGCAGAACAGUUUUACGAGCAAUGGCUAACAUUGAUUUGAAGAUAGACACAUUAAUUGCUGAAAUGCGUAAUGUAACAAAAUUGAUGACGACAAAAACGACGGACAAAGAAAUCGAAAAUACUGAAAGUCAAACUUUGAAGGCCUAUCCUAUAUUAACGGAAGAUGAUUUAAUAAAAGAAGAACGACGUUUAUCGACUGACAUACUUCAUAAAAACAACUUAAUUAAGGACUUGGGUAUUUUUGUACAAGCGGACGUCAAAAGUACUGUAUUAAAACUAAUGCAGGAAAUAAUGAGCAAUGCAUUAGCUUCGAAUUAUAGUUUCCACGGAGCCCACAAAAAAAAAGCAUUUGAUAAACUGAAGCUUCUUGAUGUCAUAUCAAGUGUUGUCCGCUGCCGUUUUACAAAGUCUCUUGUUACCAAUAAACAUAUAAGCGAUCCAAUUAAAUCAUGGCUGCGUCAUGCCCCUGCGCGCUUUUCACGAGAACAAAAGAAAAUAACACAUGUUGCGAAUGAUUUGGAAAUCGUGGCCGAGGAUGAAAUCAAUGAAGUCGAUAAUGAAAACCAAGUUAAUACUGUGGCUAAUAACGCAGCUGAUAAAAAUAUUAAUGAGAAAAUAGUUGAUGAAAAUCUUCUAAAUAGUGAUGAAAAAAAUCUAAGGUAG